AUGUCCCCAGCACCUAACAUGCACUCAAAAGACGGAUAUAUAUGUCUAGAAGAGAACCAUAGGCAAUCUGAAGAGCGCAAUAAUGCUCGGGAUAUCAAAGAGGAGGGUCAAACUUACGUGGGCAAAGUCCGGUACUUUGCUCAACUUGCAGUAGAAGACAAGCAGAACCCCAGCCACAAGCACUGGAAGGGUGCUGCUGUAGUUCAACUUUAUUCCCCUCCUGACCCAGACUUUCUCACCCUAUCCUCAUAUAUGCUUGCAUCUUGCAAGCUACUGGAGGAAGAGUUCACUCACGUUGUCAAUAUCAAGCAGAUUGUUGGUGCAGUGGCAAUGAUUCCGCAUCAGCCAACAUUGGCUUCGGGAGAAGAAGAACUUAGGUAUUUUAUGGUUGAAAAGCCCAGUAUGGACAUUGCAACAUUCCUGGGGAACAAGGAAGACAAAGGGCAGGAUGAGGACGGUAUGAACUUCCCUGCAGAGUAG